AUGGCCUUGAUCAAGAAAGACGGGCCGCAGCUAUCCUCGGAGGAGAAGGCCCACCUGACGGCCAGGGUUGGGCAGGUGUAUUUCUUUGAAGGUCAUGACGUGCCAAUCAUGGAAGCGCUGGCUGGCCUCGACGACGUUGCAAACGGGCGCAGCAGCAAACGCAAAAUGGGCCAAGACUACCGUCCUUUCCUUGCACACAUUUCCAGGGCUGGCUGGAGCAGGCUUCUGGGAGAUGAAGUGCCUGCACACGCGGCGCUCAACAUUCUCGUUCAACGCAUCAUUCGCCUAGGCGGGACCAACCCGUGCGAAUACAGCAUGAAAUUUGUGACUUCGACGUGGAUGUUCAUUACAGAUAAGAACGUGGACCAGCUGAAUUACUGGGCCAAGAAGAAGAACCUGGAGCAUGUGAAACGAGAAUUUCGACGACAAGCGGAUAAGGCGCCAGCGCCACCCGUCUUCAUUCAAGAUCUUCCAGGAUCUCCAGCCGAGUUGCUGACCAAGUUCCCGCAGAUAUACCACCUGGCUUUCACAGCUGAGGACGUGCCAUCAGCGUGCCCGCUGGACUUGAGGAAGCUCCGAGAGCUCGACGACUCCUACACAUGCACCGAGCACUUGCAGCGGGCAGCGGCUUUCAAGAAGUGCAUGGGGCAGCGGCAGGCGAUUCAGCAGCCGAGGCGCCAGCGGCAGCAGCACGCCCUCCACCUGUCGAAGUACUGGCUUUGCUGCCGCCCCGCGCUGCAGAGCAAGCAGAUGGCCAAGCAGGGCAGUCUCAACCGGCUGCCGCACCAGCAGGCGUGCAACAACUAUGUGACGGCAUCUCUUUGUGCGAACGUGCAGCACGCGAUGGAUGUGAUGCAGCGGAAGCGGGAUGACGCGAAGCAGAGGGCGGCGAUGAAGAGACCUGCCGCUGCAAAGCCUCCAAUCGCCAGUGGAGGCGAUGCCGACGAGGCCUACGUCGAGGCGACGCAGACGCUCGCCAAAAUAUCAGUCGAAGAUUUCGUCGGGUGGAGCUCGAGCGACAAAGACCGCACCAAAAAUGCUUUCGCCUCGGCGGCGUACGGCAAGGCUAAGACUCGGGCUCUUGGUGCCAAAUGGCCCAAGGAGAAAGCGCUAGACCUGGCGCGCCAGGCCUACAGGCGCGCCGCGGCAGUCUACGACGCCAACUGCGCAGCCUGA